AUGAGUGCUGCCCAAGCUGCCCUGAUCCCCGAUGCGGCUGUUCCAAAUGGUGGUGCAAGUGUUGUAUCAGCCGCAGAACCAUCCACAUCCACAUCACCAGAACCAAUCGAUAUCUCUUCAUUAGAGCAGAGAACUCUUAACCCAGAUUCGUUUUUAUACUCUGAACUUGCCAGAUCCCAUCUUGGUGAAAGAGCCAGUACUGUUCUAUCCGUGUUGGUCAACAAAGGAAGACUCUCCACGAGAGAAAUUCAUUCUUUCAUACCAGAACUUUCGUUGUCCAGUAUUAAAACCGUUUUGGUCAGUUUGAUUCAAUUAAGAUGCGUACAAUAUUUGGAAGAAACCUCACUCUCUGGUCGUAAGACCCUUUAUUACUACUUUAACGAAGAAGGUUUGUUCCUUAUGUUAUAUGCGGGUGACAUCAGCGACAGAAUUGUUCAAUAUUUCAACCAGGAUGAGGAGCAACACUUGGUCAACAUCGCACAACAAAUUAUUCAUAACGUUCUCGCCCUUGGAUCACUUACCGUAAAAGAUUAUUUAGCGUCUGAAUCCAAUUCCAAUGAUACUGAUAUUUUCAAUAUCCACCAAGCUUUCGUCAGAUUGGCUGAUCUGGAAUUUUUGGUUCCCUUGCAAGGGAUCCAUUAUACACCAAUCGUUGAUUUAUGGAAUAUGCUUUAUCUACGAGAGUACAAGAAAUUACCGAAAAACACCACACAGUCGGAUUUGAAAAAAAGAAAUGAGGCUAAAGCGAAGGCCAAGUUGGAGUUCAACAGAAUUGUAUCAUCUCCAUCCCAGGAUUCAAAUGGUAAGAUCUUUUUAACAGAUUCAGGAACUGGUUUCAAAAAAGUUAAUGAAUCUGUUUCUUUGACUUUCAAUUUGGAGAGAUACUUGAAAUCAAGAAGAUCAAACCAGUUAGUCCAGUUUGCCAAAUCAAGAAUUGGAACUACUUCAUCCAAAAUUUAUGCUGUAGCUCUUUCCAUGACAGAACAACACUCCAACGGGUUGAGUCAUCCACUUUCCAAGACUGGCCUUUUCCAAGACCUUGAUGAAAGAACUUCUUUGGAAGAAGACCUCAAACUUGACGAAGAAAAUGUAAAAGGUGUUUCAUUCACUGCACUUGAUGUGGCGAGAAGACUCCCAAGCAACUUGGAUUUAAGAGGUACUCUAGUUCACUCAAACCAGUCAUUAAAACGAAAACAAAAGCAUAACCAAUCACCACCUCAAUUUGAGAAAAGAAUCAAAACAGAAGAUGGCUUCGUAGUACCACCAUUGCCAACCGUUAUGGAAGAAAGUGAGGAAGAAAAUGAAGAAGGAGAUGCCAACCUAGAUCUCGACGAAGAUGAUAGUGAUCCUCGUUCUGUAUCGUUAGUGAAUGGCCAUCUGCGAUUACUGUUAACUGCGAAUAUUCCGUUUAUCAAAGAAUCAAAACCCGGUCAAUUUUUCGUCCCAUACUCAUCUCUAAUCCCAAUAUUGAAAUCAUCUACUUAUGAUUCAAUAAUCGCAUCGACUUUGGGACCAUCAUCACAUCGAGUAUUAAGAUGUAUUAGAGACAAUGGACUUUGUACAGAAAGAACAAUUACAACUACAUCACUUAUGAGAGAGAAAGACGUUAGAACUGUCAUCGGUACUUUGGUCAAAUAUAACGCGAUAGAGAUACAAGAGGUACCAAGAACUGUAGAUAGGGCUGCUUCAAGAGCUGUAUUCUUAUUUCGAAUCAAGGAAAAACACGCUUUCAAUACCAUGAAACUAAAUCUUACCUGGAAUCUUGCUAGGCUCAUAUCUAAAUUGGAAACCUUGAAAGAGGAAAAUGCAACGCUCUUGAAGAAAGCAAAUAGGGAUGAUGUAAAAGGUCGAGAAAUGGAACUCCUCCUUGCAAGCGAAAUCAAUCAAUUGAAAGUGGUAAACGAUAGAGAAUUAAAUGGACUAGUUCGUAGACAUAGACUACUUUCAUUAUGGGAAGUCUUCAAAUUAUUCUGA